AUGAGGCCAAUCAAUUGCAUGAAAAAAUUGAACGGCUGCUCUCCUCCAAUCAACUGUUGCAGCAGAGCACUGAUCCGUCGGUGCUUCCUCUUGAUUGGCUAGUCAAUGACCUGCAGGCAACAAUGGCACCCCUGCAGGAGGGCAGUGCAGAGGCGGAGAUCAUCGCUGCUAACCUCUGCGCCGACGAGCCCGAUGCGGCCGGGGGUGACAGGGCGCUGGAGUCAGCUGUUGUCGUCAGAGCUCAACAGCCGACUGAUUCCUCUCUCCCUGUUGAUCAGCUAUCAGUCGAGGAAGACAGUGGCACUUCUCCGGUCUUCUCUCCAGGCGUGUUUGGUGCUCCCGACACGAUUCCAGGUAUGCCAAGGCGUUGA